AUGGCGACAUCAUCAUCACCGUCGCCAUUUUCUCUCCUUUCAACUCUGCUAGCACUCAUCAUUCUUCUUCUUCAGUCUCCUGUUUCACAUGCAAAUUCAGAUGCUUACUUUCACGCUUGUCUCUCAAACAACAGAUGGAAAAACCCAUCAGCUCCUGUUAGCGUCACCGGAGCACUUUACACUAGGCACAAUUCAUCCUUCUCUUACAUCCUCAACCUCCACAUUCGUAACAAGAGGUUCAAUAGACCAAACACACCCGAACCCAUUGCCAUCAUAACCCCUUUCCAUGAAUCUCACGUUCAGGCAGCCAUUAUAUGCUCCAAAGCCAGCAAAUUUCAGCUCAGAAUCCGAAGCGGCGGCCAUGACUAUGAAGGCUUCUCCUUUAUAUCAGAUGUUCCCUUCGUUCUUCUCGACAUGUACACUCUUAAAUCUAUUAACGUCAACAUCCAAAACGGCACCGCUUUGAUUGAGGCUGGUGCAACACUUGGCCAACUUUAUUAUAAAGUCGCACGGAACAGCAAUGUUCAUGCCAUCGCUGCCGGAGUCUGUCCUUCUGUAGGCACCGGCGGUCACUUCAGCGGCGGUGGCUACGGCAACCUCAUGAGAAAAUAUGGUCUCUCCGUGGACAACAUCAUCGACGCAAAAAUCGUGGAUGUAAAUGGUAAUAUCCUUGACAGAAAAUCAAUGGGGGAGGAUCUGUUCUGGGCCAUUAGAGGAGGUGGAGGUGCCAGUUUCGGUGUGAUUCUCUCAUGGACGAUGAAGCUGGUGGAGGUUCCUCCAUUGGUGACGGUGUUCAAGGUGAAUAGGACCUUGGAGCAAGGCGUCACGGACCUUGUUUACAAGUGGCAACAUGUUGCACCAAAGAUCGACAGGGAUCUUUUCAUCAGACUCCAGCACGAGGUGCAUCACAAGAGGGUUCAAGUUACCUUCAUCGCCGAGUUCUUGGGACGAACCGAUAGACUCUUGAGUUUGAUGAAAAAGAAUUUUCCUGAACUGGGAUUAACCGAAAGUGAUUGCGUUGAAAUGCCUUGGGUGAACAGCACUCUUUUCUAUUCAGAAUACCCAAUCGGAACCCCAGCAGAAGCGUUGCUAUUCGAAGCAAAAGACCCUGCUUGGUCUUAUUCCAAGAGCAAGUCAGAUUAUGUGAAGAACGUUAUUUCGAAAAAGGGGUUGCAGUCCAUAUGGAACAAGCUCAUCGAGAGUGAGAUAAUUAUUAUGCAAUGGAGCCCCUAUGGUGGAAGAAUGUGGGAUAUUCCAACUUCCGCUACUCCGUUUCCUCAUAGAGCAGGAAACUUGUUCAAGAUUUCGUACUACAUAACUUGGUUACAAGAUGAGGAACGUGUCGCUAAUCAUAACUUGAAUUUGUUAAGGUCCAUAUAUAAGUUUAUGACUCCUUUUGUUUCCAAAUCGCCAAGGGAGGCUUUCUUUAACUACAGGGAUAGAGAUAUUGGAGCCUGUCCAAGCAAUGGAACAACCAACGUCGAUGCCGCUCGAAUUUACGGAGCCAAGUUUUUUAGAGAGAAUUUUGAUAGACUGGUGCAGGUCAAAACCAGAGUUGACCCGGAGAACUUCUUCAGAUAUGAACAGAGUAUACCACCUCAUAAAGGUUAA